AUGAACUAUUGGACUAAUACUGCUAAUGGUACUGGGAAUUCUGCUACUGCAGUCGCUCAACCAAAUAAAGAAUACGAAAGAAAUUUAUUACAUCCUCUGACUAAUAACAUUUCUGCCACUGCUGCUUCUACGACUACUCCAAGAAAUAGUUAUUCCUCUUAUGCUAUGAAUCAUCAUCAGCAACAACAAAUUCCUUCGCCUCGUCAUAAUGAGGAUGCUUUGUUACAACAACGUUUCUUGCCACAAUCGCAAUCUCCUCAUUAUCAAUAUCAACAAACGUUGCCAAGAAUUUAUCAAAAUAAUAAUGGUUCAAUUUCAAACAGUAGUAAUAAUGGGAUGAUUCCUUCGAUUUUAAAUAACUCUAUUAUUCAUGAAGAUAGUAACAAUACUAUUAAUUAUCAAAAUAAUAGUCCAAGUAAUAGUAGUGAUAAAAGCGGUAGUAGCACUACCAGUACUACCAACAAUUUAUUACCAAUGAGAUUAAACAGUAAUAAUAAUGUGAUUGGGAACUCUUCAUCGUUCUAUAACCAUAAUGGUACUACUACUAAUAACAAUACUUCUUCUUCAUCAUCCUCUUCUUCACCUUUCCUUUAUCAUUGGCGUUCACAAUCACAGAAUGGUACUUCACCUUCUUCAUCCAUCUCUUCUGCAUCUUCAUCAUCUAAUAAUAAUAAUUCUAACUUGAACUCUAAUAAUAUUCAACACUCUCCAUUAUAUCAAAUGUCUAUUCAAAAUCAACAACCAUUGUACAAAGUUCCAUUCAUUGCUACUUCUAUGCCAUCAAAUACAUCCUAUCAUGUAAAGAAUCAAUUACCAUUAUUACAACAGCAACAACAACAACAACAGAGACAAAACAGCUAUCCACAAAGAUCUAGUAUCACGACAAUCAACGGUAAAAACAUUGUUAAUGUAUUAGGUCAUCACCAUCAUCAUCAUAACCAAAAUAUGCGUCUUGGUGGAAUUGGUAGUAUAUCUCAUCAACAAGGUUCUACGACUGUAAUGGGUUCUUCUUCUUUGAAUAAUAAUACAUUACACCAUCGUGUCAAUGAAUCCAAUUCAAUGGUUCAUAUCCAUGGUUGUCAUCUUUGUGAAAAAUCCUUCAAAAGGAAAUCUUGGUUGAAAAGACAUCUUUUGUCACACUCUGCAGAAAGACACUUCUUAUGUCCUUGGUGUUUAUCAAGACAUAAGAGAAAGGAUAACUUAUUGCAACAUAUGAAGUUGAAACAUAGUACUUAUUUAUUAGAUGAAUUAAAGAAUCAUAACGUUAUCUUCCAUUGGGAGAAAUCAUCUACUACUCAUAUUAACAAUAUUCAUAGUUUAAAAUUGGAUCAAUCAAAUGGUCCAAAUUGUAACAAUAAUAAUAGUAACAACAUUAAAACAUUGUUGAAUGAAGGUGUACUCAACAAAGAGGAUGUUAAACGCGUCUUAAAUAAAUUAAUAGACCAAAACAAUGCAUGA